AAAAUGGCCAAGUUCGUGUUGGCAGGUAAAGCAAACUGCGGUUAUUAUGCCAAGGCAGAACUAUUGGCAGAUUAUCUUCAGAAAAACUUGCCAGAUUUCCACGUCUUUAAAAUUGUCCAGUCACCUGACAAAUGGGAGUCAUGGCUUCAAGCAUUAUGUAAAAAAAAUGGCUGGGUGCAUCAAAACUCCCCGAUAAUAUGGCGAGAACUUGUGGACCGUGGAGGAAAAGGAUUACUGUUGGGCGGAUUCAAUGACUUUAUGGAGUAUGCACAGGGUUAUUAUGGCUUUACUUCUGAUAUGAUGACUACACUCAUGCUCAAGAUUGCAAAGGAGAACAUGAAGACUAACGAAAAAGAGAAGGAAGAAGAAGCAAUUCACAGGAUUCAGAAAAAAGCAAUGGCAAUCUGGAUUUGCGGAGCAUUGUGUCCUGCGUGUAUUAAUCUGAUCCCUACCUUGCUAAAUGGAGAGGUGUUUGGUCACAGCCAAGAGGUCAGCCUAAAUCUGCUGCACAUUGAUGGGCCUCUGAGCAUUUUACAAGGCAUACAAAUGGAGAUUGAAGACAUGGCCUGGCCUCUACUUCAAAAAGUAACGGUGCAAAAUAGCCUGAGAAAGGCUUUCAUGGAUGCCGAGGUCAUCAUUCUUCUUGACGAUCUUAUGCCAGAGAAGGGUCAAUCAAUUGAAGACUGUUACAGAGAAAUGGGCGGUGUCUACCAAGAAAUUGCAAUUAAGAUUGACACCUUUGCAAAACCCAGUGUCCGUGUGAUUGUGGCUGGUAAUUAUAUCUUGAAUUUGAAAACAUACCUCCUUAUGGAUAGUGCAUACGCUAUUGAUCACUGUAACUUUGUAGCAGUGUCAACUCAGUUGGAAGGAGAAGCUAAAGCACUGCUAGCCAGCAAGUUGAAUGUGAGUCCACUUGAUGUGAAAGAUGUGAUUGUGUGGGGAAAUAUUGGCAGAAGUACGUACAUUGAUCUGCAUAAAGCACGGGUUCAUCAAUAUGAAAGUGCCAUCUGGGGUCCACCUGAGUUCUCACGUCCUGUGUUGGAGAUGCUGCGUAAUAAAAAUUGGAUCGAAGAGGAAUUUGUGGAAGAAUUGCAUGAGCAUCGACCAAAAAUUCAAGCAGCAUUGAAACACAGUCUGGGCCUCUCCACUGCCGUUGCGAUACAUAAAGUCUUGAAUUGGUGGUAUCAUGACUCACCACCAGGGGAGUUUAUAUCUCUUGGAGUUGUCAGUCAAGGUGAUUUUGACAUUCCAUCAGGCAUCAUCUUCUCUGUGCCAGUUCGAUUCUGUGGUGGAAAGUGGGUGAUUCAGUCACAGAUUGAGAUCAGUGAGGAGACAAAAGACAAACUGAAGGACAUUGUUCAAGAACUGAAGAAGCUGUCCGCUGCCCCGCCUCAAGGCUCACUGUUUGGCACCCCACUCCCCGAACGAGCUGGGGAGCCAGACAGCAAGCUGGGCAUCAAGUGGCAUCAGGAGGUGAGGCACGGAGGGCAGCAAGCAAGAGGCAGCAACAACUAG